UAACAUAGUUAUUUAUCAAUCAACCCUCGUACUUCCCAAGCGACAAAAUUUUGUUCAAUUAGUCAAUGAGUGUAACAGAGAAAGCGAAUUAUUUAACAAACGAACAACAAACUUAAAUCGACAACCAAACGAACAAACUCAUUCGCACUUUUAGAGGUUAUGUUUUGGGGUUGAUAUUUUAAAAAUGUUCCUACCAAAAAUAAAUCGUAUUAUAGAUCCUUUCAAGUCCUUAGCAAUCCAAAAGAACAUUGCAGCAACUGUAAAUGGAGCCCAAACGAUGUCAACAACUGUUGCCCCAAGCGAGCAGAAGACCGAAAAGAAACCUAUCAGCAAAGCAAUGAAGGCUUACUUAGAACGAGCCAAGGAGCAUGACGAGUUUAUGAAAAGGCAAAAAGAGGAGUUUUUAAUAGGUAAAAGACAUUUAGCUAACAUGAUGGGGGAAGAUCCUGAAACAUUCACCCAGGAAGAUGUGGACAACGCAAUACAGUACUUAUUUCCUAGUGGUUUGUUCGAACCGAAGGCUAGACCUCACAUGAAACCUCCAGAGGAAAUAUUUCCACAAAGAAAAGCUGCAGAGUUCGAUGAGACUGGUAGACCUUAUCAUUUUCUGUUCUACACAGGAAAACCUUCAUACUAUCAAGUAUUACAUGACUUAACGAGUCAUAUAAACGAUCUUAUUAAGUUUGAAGAUACCAUGAUUCGAAAAAACCUACAACCAGAUCCCAAUUUAACAUUUAGCAUGUCUGGUUUUCAAUGGUUAGAUAAACAGUCUCUAGAGACAAAAUUUGUUGAAACGCUAAAAGAAAAAGACUACGAAUAUUUUAUUACUUCGUUGGAGAGGCUCAGUGCUAUGCCAUAUUCCUACAAAGUUAAAGAUUUUAUUCUAGAAUAUGCUAAUCCACUCAUUAAUAAAGUUCAGUCACAAGAGACUCCGAAAGCCAAUAUAGACAAAGACGGAAGACAGUUCGUAACUAUAUAUGAAUGUAUGAGGAAAAGAUCUCGAGGCGACGUCACAAUUAGGUUACCAGGUACAGGAAAAAUUUCUAUUAAUGGAGAAGAUAUUACCUACUUUAAAGAAGACCAACCGAGAGAACAGUUGCUGUUUCCUUUGAUAUUCACCAGCAUGCUAAACAAAGUGGAUGUUGAAUGUAAUGUUGAAGGCAGUGGUGAGUCAGCCCAGGCAGGUGCUUUGAGAUGGGGCAUUGCUACUGGUUUAAGAAGUUUCGUAGAUGAAGAAAUGGUUGAGAAAAUGAGACUAGCUGGACUUCUCACGAAGGACUUCAGGACCAGGGAAAGGAAGAAGCCUGGGCAAUGGGGUGCUAGAAGGAAAUUUACUUGGAAGAAGAGAUAAAUGGAUGUUGUGGUUGUACAUAAUAGAAUUGUAAUUUGUGUAAUAAAUUUUUUUGUACA